AUGGCAGAUUCUAAACGAUCUAGAAAAGUGUUAUCACUGUUACAAAAAUGUGCAAUAUUAGAUGAUUUAGACAAAAAAAUGACUGUAGCAGAAGUGGCCAGAAAAAAUAGCGUUAACGAAUCUUCUAUACGAAUUAUUCGCCAAAAAAAGGUGGAAAACGCGUUAGCUUUGUGCAUUGAGGAUCAAACUCAAAAAAGAGUAGCUCUAAGCUCUGUUAUAAUUAGAGACAAAGCUACAAAACUAUACGAUAAUUUUCUGAAAAAUGAAUCCUCUUCGUCAAAUAGUGAACUGAAACCAUUUGUUGCAAGUAAGGGAUGGUUCGACAAAUUUAAAAAUCGGCACAGCCUUCAUAGUUUGAAAUUGAAGGGAGAGUCUGCUUCAGCCGAUCACGAAGCAGCAAAACUAUAUCCAGACCGUCUAAUGAGGAUAAUUGAAGACGGUUGUUAUCUCCCACAACAAGUAUUCAAUGCUGAUGAGACUGGUCUCUUUUGGAAAAAAAUGCCUUCAAGAACAUUCAUAUCAAAAAAUGAAAAAACCGCCCCUGGCUUUAAGAUGGCUAAAGAUCGUCUUACUCUGCUGCUUUGUUCAAAUGCAUCUGGAGAUUUUAUUACCAAACCGUUAUUGGUUUAUAAAUCAUUAAAUCCUAGAGCAUUAAAAAAUAAAGAUAAACGAAAAUUACCUGUAUUUUGGAGGUCGAAUAGUCGUGCUUGGGUCACUGGAGACAUUUUUGUAGAUUGGUUACAAAAUUAUUUUAUACCAGAAGUAGAGAAUUAUUUAAAAACGAACAAUAUUUCAUUUAAAGUUUUGUUGUUGAUAGAUAAUGCUCCCGGUCACCCUACUAACCGACUACAAAGCUUAAAUGAAAAUGUCAAGAUUGAGUUUUUGCCUCCCAAUACAACUUCCCUUAUUCAGCCUUUAGAUCAAG